ACUGCAAGGUUCAGCGUAUUGCCAAAGGCUGUCGGUUGGGAGAGAGGGCCCUGCCCUGUCUUGACUUGUGGGCCGGAGAGGGCGUCGGUCGGAACAAGCCCGUCCCGGGUGUGUCAGACUCUCGUCUCGUGACACGGCAUUUUGCGGCUUCGUCGCUCGCAGCCUCGCACAUCCAUUACAGUGGGUUACAGCCUAGCACAUGCUUCAGUAGGACUAGAACUGUACGGCUACCGUUGUGCGCCUUCUGUCCGAAUCCCACCUGACCUGAGAGUCGAUUUCAGCCCCAAGGUAGACUCGGGCAGGGCUUACGUGCGUGCAUCUAUUCAGGCAUCGUCGUAGAGCGCUCUUGCCGCAAAUUCCGUCUCCCUUCGUCCAAGCCGUGAUAUUUAAGACACACUCAACUCACGACGGUUUUUGCUUUCUUCCAGAUUCCGUCAUCACCUGACGUCCAAUACUCGCAACUUGUGCCCUCUCCCUCUCCUCGCAACUCCGUCAUCGGCUGACGUCUCUACCCCAACACACUUCAACUUUCCCGCAUCGAAAUUCGUCGCCAUGGCCGUGUCGUCAAAAUCGUCGGCGUCGCAAGAGUCGUCGCCCGCGUGGAGGAAGACCAAGGAGAUGCUCGGAACCUUCGCCACCAGUGGGACGGCCGUCGCGAUUUCCACAGCGACCACACACCCCGUCGAUGUCGUGAAAGUGCAGCAGCAGAUGUCAGCCGUCGGCCAACGCGGCCCGUCCACGACAAUGGUCGCCACCACGCGCAAGCUGCUCCAAGAGGGCGGCGUUCGCGCCUUGUACCGCGGCGUCGAGCCCGCCGUCGUCCGCGCCUUGUCCUACGGCUGCCUGCGCCUCGGCCUGUACGAGCCGUGUCGCAACAUGAUCGCUCCUAAGGAGAAGUCGCAGGUGCACGUGGGGCAUAAAGCCCUCGCGGGAAUCAUGUCCGGCUCGUUCGCUACAGCCGUGUCGAAUCCCCUAGAUGUAGCGAAGGUCCGGCUACAGAUGAUCUCGGAGACGGCCGCCUCCGGCGCCGCCGGCAGCAGCGCCGCAAGUGGCGCCGUGAGAAACGCUGCCGCGCGGAGCAGCCGGUCGACGACGGGGCAGAUUCUGGAGAUCGCGCGGACGGAGGGAGUCGGCGCGCUGUGGAAGGGCGUGGGCCCGUCCAUGGGGCGCGCGGCGGCGCUCACCGCGGCGCAGUGCGCGGUGUACGACGAGUGCAAGCAGCUGCUCAAGGCGCGCGCUAACGUGUCUGACGGGCUUCCCCUGCACCUGAGUGCGUCCAUGCUCGCUGGUGCUGUCUCCACCCUCGCCUCCUCCCCCUUCGACACAGUCAAAACGCGCAUGAUGGCCGUUAAGAAGGCCGCCUCCUCCGCUUCCGCCGCUUCCGCCUCUUCUUCCGCCCCCAGAGCCCCGCUCCCCGCGCCGUCCGCUUCCUCCUCAAUUCCCGCGCCCUCAAACGCCACCUCUUCGUCCGCGUUCUCCCCCGCCCUUUCCGCUCCCCACAACGCUUCCGCCAACCUCCAACCCGCGCUCUCCUACUCCACCUCUUCCGCCUCCGCCUCCCCCGCGCCUUCCGCGCGGCCGCCGCCGCUGCCUGCUGCGCGCGGACUGCCCCCGCUUGGCCCCGCGCCCGCGGCUGCCCCCGUGGCCGGCGCAGCUGCGCCGGCAGCCGGCGGGGGAGUGAUUUACCGCGGAUCAAUGCACUGCGCUUACUCGAUUCUCCGGACAGAGGGCAUCCGCGGGCUGUACAAAGGCUGCGCCGCGAAUUACGCGCGCCUGGGCCCCAUGACGGCCAUCACCUUCAUCGUCUACGAACAACUGAGAUCCCUCGCUGGCCUCUCCAGCCUGUAACCCUGUUUCGCGAAGCCUACUGGCGAGCUUCGCGCGCGUGGAACUUCAUCGUGUGCGAACAACAAAGGUUAAUGGCUGGGCUUUCGAGCUUGUAACGGGGAUACGCGCAACCCUACAGCGUAUGAUCAGGAUUUGUGGCGCGUGCUAUAGUUCUAGAGCAAAUAAAAAAGAAGCAAAUGUUAACAUCAUAGUUGAGUUAUUGCUAAGUGUGGAAUUUUGUAUACUUGCCGAAGGCAAGCAUAAAAUUUUGUACUCCGUUCGCCCCUCUGUAUGAAUUGU